GCAACUCAUGCCAGUAGUACAAUCGAUCUUCAAGCUUGGCCUUGCAUGAAGAUCAACUGUAGAUGCUUUGGGCUUUGCCCUGUCUCGUGCAUUGAAAUUUGACGGGCUGGCAGUCCCGCUGGCUGGUUUUGUUAUCUCCUUCUGAAGGUGCUACUCGCCUAUGACUCAACCUGCUUUCUCAUCCUCUGUGCUUGCCUGCCAAUGGACUCGACCGCUGUGGACCUGCCAGAUUCUACUGUUUGCACUCACGAAGGCGUCUCUGAAAUACCUAGUCCGGACUACAGGCAGUCUUGUCAAUGUACUAGGGUCCUUGACAUACAAAUCAGUGACUUGGCGCUCGAGUGACCCAGUCAAAUCCAGCCAGGCUCGGAAAUUUGUAUUGGUAUUCAACUAUUUUGGGUGAUGACGAGGGAAGCAAUGCUUCAAGUUCUUCAAACCCAUUAAUGGUCGUCUCCAUGUAAUUCGUACCUCUAGCACAAUAAAAACAACAUAUUCUGCCAUCUGCCACGCUGGCAGAAUAUCGUUCUGACAG